AUGGCGGAGUAUAAGUUAUCGGCCACUUUGAUGGGCCAUGAGGACGAUGUCCGCGGCGUCUCGUUCCCUUCCCCCAAGGCUGUACUUUCAGCAUCUCGAGAUGGCUCAGUCCGCCUAUGGAAGCUCCUCUCGGACAACCCGCCCCUCUUCGAUGCCACCAUCUCCUCCCACUCCCGCACCUGGAUGGGCUGCGUUACAUUUCUCCCCCCCAACGCCAGAUUCCCAGAAGGCCUUAUAAUCUCAAGUGGCAAGGACGUCGUGAUCGACGUACGAGCACCAUCUAAGGCUGCGGAGAACGAUGCAGAGGCUUUGCUUCUCGGCCACAGCAGAGACGUAUGCGCCCUGGACGUCGACCCGGAGAGCAACUAUAUCGUCAGCGGAUCUUGGGACCACGAUGCGCGGAUAUUUCCAGUUGGGAAGUGGGAAUGUGAAGUUACUCUGACAGGGCACGGUGGGACGGUCUGGGCUGUUCUUGCAUACGACGCGGAUACCAUCGUUACGGCAUGCGCAGACGAGAAGAUUCGGAUAUUUCGCAGAAGUGGCAAGCUGGUCAAAAUAUUCCAAGCUGGAAACUUGCCAAUUAGAGCCUUGUGCCGACUUGCCAAAGGACAUCCGUCUGGAGGAGACUUUGCCUCCGCGGACAAUGAAGGCAUAAUCCGAAUCUGGACUAUCUCGGGCACGCAAGUAGGAGAGCUGCGCGGCCACGACAGCUUCGUCUACUCUAUUGCAUCGUUGCCCAGUGGGGAGCUGGUUAGCUCUGGAGAAGAUCGAACCUUGCGGGUAUGGAAGGGCAACGAGUGCAUCCAGACAAUCACACAUCCCGCGAUCUCUGUCUGGGGUGUUGCUGUUUGUGCGGAGAACGGAGAUAUCGUGACGGGCGCAAGUGACAGAAUAGUCCGGGUGUUCACUAGAAUUCCAGAGCGAUUCGCGGAUGCAGAAACCACCGCACAAUUUGAGGAAGCAGUCAGGUCGUCGGCUAUUCCUCAGCAGACAAUGGCAUCAACACAAAACGAGAACUUACCAGGACCUGACUUUCUGACUCAGAAGUCUGGAACAAAGGAUGGGCAGAUUAUCCAAAUCAAGCACCCAAACGGCAGCAUCACAGCUCACUCCUGGUCUGCUUCCCGAGGAGAGUGGGAUCUGAUCGGGACCGUUGUAGAUGCCGUGGGGAGUAGCAAUCAGAAGACCGAGUAUAAGGGACAGAUGUAUGACUUUGUGUUCGAUGUUGAUAUGGAAGAUGGCAAGCCACCUUUAAAAUUACCUUAUAACGUCUCUCAAGGUCCAUACGAGGCUGCCACCAAAUUCAUCCAGGACAAUGAAGCACCGGUUGGGUAUCUGGAGCAGGUUGCCAACUUCAUCAUCACAAACACUCAAGGCCACACGAUUGGUGGAGCUGCACCUGCCCAAGGAGCACCUGAUCCCUGGGGAAGCGAUAACAGAUAUCGACCGGACGAUGCAACUACAGCCAGGCCCCCUCCCCCGCCAGUAAAGAGUCUCCCUCAUAAGGAAUACAUCUCUAUUCUCCUCGACACCGCCGCCCUCCCCAAGAUACAAAAGAAACUCGUCGAGCUAAACAAAGAGCUGAUUGCCAGUGGCCACAAAGACAAGUCCAUGAAUCCCUCAGAACUCCGCGUCCUGGCCGAAUUGUGCACAAAUCUUGGGUCGAAAGAUGCCAAGGUCAAAUCGAAGUCUGUUGAGGGCGGCUUGGAACUCGCAGUCAGGCUUGCAACGGCUUGGCCUUACAAAGACCGAUUGCCAGGACUCGAUCUUCUACGCUCGCUAGCUGCUUUUCCCGAGACUGCAACCUACUCUGCCCCCGAAGGUGGCGAUAUUAUCGACCUCUUCGAGACUGGUGCCAUGAAAGAAGUUCCAUCUGAGGAUAACCACGUAAUGAUGGCCCUCCGAGGCUGCGUAAACCUCUUCGUCUCGCCAGAAGGCCGCGCCCUUGCUCUUCAGCAAUUCGAAAAAAUCCAAAUCUUGGCCGUCAAAGCUUCUACCUCAUCCAGCCGGAACGUUCUCAUCGCCGUCACAACCAUCUACGUUAACUACGCCGUCCUAUUCAACGCGGAUAAGGACGCUGCGCCGUUUGACUAUGCGCUUGCGAUUGUGGAGAUCUUGGGCAAGAUUUUGACGAAAGAAAAGGAUUCAGAGGUGCUGUUUAGAGCGCUGAUGGCGUUGGGGACUGUAAUCUGCGUUGAUGGAGAGGUCAAGAAUGCGGCGGCGAAUGUGUAUGAAGUCGGGAAGGCGGUGGAAGCUGCAGUGAAGAAAGCGCCUGAGCCGAGGAUUAAGAAUGCGGCGCGAGAGAUUGGGGAAUUACUGAAGUAA